ACGGCGGAAGAAGCAGGCAGGGAAUGCUCUUGUAUUUUCGGAGCGGCAGCGGCUGAGCCGCAGUAGCCUACCCGUCCUCACGAGGGGAAGCAGCCCAGUUCUGUCAGCGCGCGGCUGUGUUGUGGAAGAUGGCGUUAGCCGAAUGGAAAUCCUAAUGACAGUCUCCAAAUUUGCCUCUUUUUGUACCAUGGGCGCCAAUGCCUCUGCUCUGGAGAAAGAGAUUGGAUCUGAGCAGUUUCCGGUUAACGAACACUACUUUGGCCUGGUCAAUUUUGGGAACACCUGCUACUGCAACUCAGUGCUACAGGCUCUGUACUUCUGCCGGCCGUUCCGGGAGAAGAUCCUGGCGUACCGCAGCCAGCCGCGGCGAAAGGAGAACCUGCUCACCUGCCUGGCCGACCUUUUCCACAGCAUCGCCAACCAGAAAAGGAAAGUGGGCGUCAUACCACCCAAGAAGUUCAUCACACGGCUGCGCAAGGAGAACGAGCUGUUUGACAACUACAUGCAGCAGGAUGCCCACGAGUUCUUGAACUACCUGCUCAACACCAUCGCUGAUCUGCUUCAGGAAGAGAGGAAGCAGGAGAAAACCAACGGCCGCCUUGCCAACGGCACGUUGGACUCCCAGAACAACAACAGCAACGCCACGCCGGCUCCCACCUGGGUCCACGAGAUCUUCCAAGGCACUCUGACCAACGAGACGCGCUGUCUCACCUGUGAAACGAUUAGCAGCAAAGAUGAAGACUUUCUGGACCUUUCUGUGGACGUGGAACAGAAUACCUCCAUCACACACUGCCUCCGAGGUUUCAGUAACACGGAGACGCUGUGCAGCGAGUACAAAUACUACUGUGAGGAAUGUAGAAGCAAGCAGGAGGCACACAAGAGGAUGCGAGUAAAAAAGCUGCCGAUGAUCCUGGCUCUGCACCUGAAGCGCUUUAAGUACAUGGAGCAGCUGCAGCGAUACACCAAGCUGUCUUAUCGCGUCGUCUUCCCCCUGGAGCUCCGCCUCUUCAACACCUCCGGGGACGCCACCAAUCCUGAGAGGUUAUACGACCUGGUCGCUGUGGUGGUGCAUUGUGGGAGUGGUCCAAACAGGGGUCAUUAUAUCGCCAUCGUGAAAAGUCACGACUUCUGGUUACUCUUUGAUGAUGACAUCGUGGAGAAAAUUGACGCUCAGGCCAUAGAGGAAUUUUAUGGCCUCACUUCCGAAAUCUCCAAAAACUCCGAGUCGGGCUACAUCCUGUUUUACCAGUCCAGAGACUAAACGUGGGCCCGAGUGCGUUGCUGCUCCCGCUUCUGCUGUGAGGGCAGCGGACUGUGAAACACCACCGCUGUAACUCACACCUGUGCUUUUCACGGACUCGGCACUGAAGCUCAGCUCUGGAUGUUCUCUCUAAUUACUAGCUGAACCCCAACGGCCUCCAUUUCCUUAUUGUCCUGUCAUCCGCUGCCACUACUUCUGCUGCUGCUGCGAGGACAGGUAAUGAAACUGAUAGUUAAAAAAAAAGACUGAGGGUUGUACAGAUGUUGAUUGCUUGUAUGAGUGGUGUUCUAGUUUUUGCCUUGGGUGUGGGGUGAAUGGGUAUUUAAUUCACAUUAUGUAAUACUGGCCUGGAACUUCACGUCCCACAAUGUUAUUCUAUACUGUGACGGAGCUUUGGUCAUGGAUGUAAAGGACGACGGGCGGAUCGGAGGCGGAGGUGGGGGGGUGUCCCACUUCUAGGACACCUUGUCCCUGGUUGUGUAUUUCUACAGUGUACAGAAUGGUAUUUGUAUAAAUAUUACAGGAUAAUAUUAUCAUUGGACAGAUGUUAGACCUUGAGAAGAUGUAUUAACACUAUGGUGCACUUUUGAUACCGUUUUGUAGGUGUUGACGAGCUUAAUGUGAGGGGUUGCUUGAAAAGGCCUGUUGUGAAACGAUCAUUUUCUGUUUUAAAGAAAAAAAUAAUAAAACCGUAAGAUUCAGA